AUGAAAGUCUCUCUCUCUCUCUCUCUCUCUCUCUCUCUCUCCUCUCUCUCUCUCUCUCUCUCACAAUCACUCUGCCCUCUCUACCAAUUCAUCUCUCUCUGCUUCUGCUCUCUCUCUCUCUCUCUGUCUGGCUUCUUUAAGGUUGUGGCCACAUUGGUACCGCCGCUGUGGCGCGUUUACGACUGGCUGGACAGCCUCAUCUACUCCCACUACCAGCGCGUCGUCAUGCGUGUCCUCUACACGCUUGGCAACACCCAGAUUUGGCUCUCUGGCGCAGCUCCGCAAAAAGAAAAUGCCAUUUGCAUCUCCAAUCACCAGUGCUCUGUCGACCCCUUUAUGAUUGAUGCGGUGGCCUAUCACGGACAACGACUGGGCAACAUGCAAUUCAUCGUCAAGGCCGCCCUCAAAUAUGUCCCCAUUCUCGGCAGCUACUGGCACCAACAUGGCUUUGUCUUUAUCCGACGCCAGUGGGCCAAGGAUAGCGGUGCUCUGGCUCGCUCCUUGGGUCAACUGGAAACGCAGCAACGGCCAUAUUGGAUCUGCAUCUACCCCGAGGGCACGCGACGCCCCGACAUUAUUCUACCUACCGACCUGCCUCCCAAUGUCCCAGUGUAUGAGCAUGUGCUUGCGCCGCGCUAUCGUGGCUUUGUGGCCUGCGUCCAGCAGCUGCAGCAGACCUGUGACAGCAUCUACGAUGUUACCAUCGCCUUUCAUUGCUCCAAACACCCACAUGAACGCCCUGCGGCGCCUUCACUGCACGACAUGAUGUCCCCGCGUUGGGACCGCGUCUGCAUUCAUACCCAGCGCUUUCCAGUUGCCUCGGUGCCCAAGGCUGUGUAUGCGGCCACCGUUGCACUGGCCUACGGCACGGCAUCAGGGCGCAAGUAUCUGUUGUACCCCGCCCUCGUAUAUGGCGGUCUCAGCUAUAUCUGGGGCAUUGCAAUGUAUUAA